ACCGCUAUGGUAACAAUAUGUAACUCAUAAUGUCACUUUUUCAAUAAAUAAAAACCGGAAUAAUUAGAAAUUUUGACUUGUCGGUUUUGAUUUUUUCGAUGUGUUUUCAAUUCAGCCAAGUUCGGACGAAUUUCAUAAAAUUAUAAAUGUACACGUUUGAUUGUUUUCCAUUCUGUUUGUAAUUACCGAAUACUAUUCCGAAUAUGGAAAGUGUUCGUGACUUCAGCUCCAUCCGGGGCUAUUUACUAGCAGGUGUUAGAAAAAGUUCAAAAAGUUAUAUCCAGAAACGUUUUCAAAAUGGAGUUUAAAAUAUCUAAUAUUUACUUGCUAUGAAUAUAAGAAAACUCAACGAAUUUAAAACAGUGUAUCUUUUUAAUAGAACAUUCUCCUUUUCUCCCAAACAUAGUAGUCGAGUGCAACCAAAAUGCUUUUAUGGGAUUCUUGGACUCCAGAGUAAUUGCAGCAUGCAGGAUGUUAGAGAUGCAUAUGUUAAAUUAUGCAAGGAGCUACAUCCAGACAGACAACCUGGAGACAGGACUCAGCAUAAGAAAUUUGUUCAGUUGAAUGAAGCUUAUUCUGUUCUGAUAAGACCUGAAAGUAGACGACAGUAUGACUUAACUCUGUCUUAUAAUGCAAGAGCCUCUCGCCAUCAUAGCAGAGUUUACUCUUCUGAUACUGCCAGUUUUCACAAAGCUUUUGGACAAGAAGAAAAGAGAUUCUCAUGGAAUGAUGAAACCAUUUGGUCUAUGAGAAAUAGAAAGUUUGACAAAGAAUAUGCAGACCGUCCUUACUACAGCAUUAGAGGGUUGAAGAGAGUUGGAAACGAGUGGAUUGUUUUAGGUUGCAUGUUGCUCCUUGUUUUUGGAACAUUAGGACACUAUUUUGCAUUCAGAAUUGUCUCAGACUAUGCUUUGAAGAGAUUGGAUGAAAAGGAUAGAAGAAACAAUGUGGCAUACCGGGAAUCAAGAGAAUUAGCACGGAAAAAUGGAAAUGAACAACAGCUGCUAUUACUGAAGCAAAAAUUAGGUUUUAACCAGUCAUCAUCGGAGUCUGAUGUUCAAGAUUAGUUUAUCAUUGGUUUUGUUUUGCUUUCAUUGACAAAAGGAAAUUAAACAUAAAUUUGUUAAUUAAUCUUCGUAGAAGAGCGUCUGAUUAUAGACUUUUCAACGCUUGUAUGAAUAGUUAACAUUUUUUGCCUUAAAACUAUAUUUUAUACUGUUUUAAGUAGUGAAAGUUUUAAUGUUUAGUUACCCUCUGGGAUGAAUAUGUAUCAACAGGUUAUGAAAUAAAAGUUGUAUGUAUAGAAAGUUAAUUUUUUAUUUGUUGUAAAAGUAUAUUGCAAAUAAAGUAUUUUUACUCAAGUUGAGGUUGAGUUUUGGGA